UCAUUCACCCCUCCCUCAGACACAACGUGUCAGAUCUCUUCCGCUUCUCCCCCCACCCUUCGCUUCCCCUUCCCUCCCCACCUCCCUCUCUCUCUCUCUCUCUAAAAAGUUUCCAUUUUUUCCGUUUCUCGCAGUUGAAGGAGAAAAAGAGGAAAGGAAAAAAAAAUAAAAAAUAAAACAACGCCGAGAGUAGGAGGAAAAAAAGAAAAAAAACAGGGCAGCAAGAAUGUCGGGGGAGCCAAAAGACCCGGCGAUCAAGCUCUUCGGGAAGACGAUUCCGUUGCCUGAAAUCCCUCCCGAAGCAGCUCCCGUUGACAGCAAUCUGACCCACGAGACGGGUCCUCCGCCCGAGGAGGACUGUGUGAGGGCGGAUAAAGAGGAGAAGGAAGACAGUAAGGAAACGUCAAAGGGAAAUCCAACUACGAGUACACAGGAAGAUGAAACUCUACGUCCCAUUGGGGAAGAUUCCACUGAUCCAGAUGCGGCUUCGGGGAUAAGCGAAAACAAUAAGACAACAUCAGUAGACAAGGAAAGUGCCACUCAAAAGCCUUCAAAAUCCGACGAGGAACAGAGCGAGACGAGUAAUACCCAAGAGAAGCCCUUGAAGAAGCCUGACAAGAUCCUACCUUGUCCCCGUUGCAACAGCAUGGACACAAAGUUCUGCUACUACAACAACUACAAUGUUAAUCAGCCCCGGCACUUCUGCAAGAACUGUCAGAGGUACUGGACAGCUGGUGGGACCAUGAGGAACGUUCCGGUAGGGGCUGGCCGCCGUAAGAACAAGAGCUCGGCCUCUCACUAUCACCGCCACAUAACAGUCUCAGAAGCCCUCCAGAAUGUUGUCCCGAACGGAGUCCACCCUGUGAAGCCUAAUGGAACCGUUCUUGCCUUUGGCUCAUCAGACACACCUUUGUGUGAGUCCAUGGCCUCAGUUCUGAACCUGGCUGACAAGACUAUGCGGGUCAACCCUAGGAAUGGGUUUCACAAGCCCGAUGGUGUAAUUAUGCCAGGCGCAUGCAGUGAGAACCGGCUCGAUCCACUAAACGGAUCUUCAGCCAUGGGCCCCAACUCCAAGGAUGCAGAGGGGAAAGAUGGAACGGUGCCAGGAUUUGCCACUCAGAUACCUUGUUAUCCGGGGGCUCCAUGGCCAUAUCCGUGGAACUCAGGCCAAUGGGGCCCAACACUCCCCCCACCGCCCCCAUAUUGCCCACCAGGAUUUGCCGUGCCUUUCUUCCCAGCAGCAGCAGCCUACUGGGGUUGCAGUGUGCCGGGUGCUUGGAAUUUCCCUUGGGUCCCAGGUCCAUCCUCUCCAGUCACCAAUAGCACAGGCUCAGGCCCGAAUUCUCCAACCCUGGGGAAGCACUCGAGAGACGAGCAGAAUGUGCUGAAACAAAGCGGCGGGGGAGGAGAGGAUGAUGAGCCAACCAAAGAGGCAAGUGCUGAGAAAUGCCUUUGGAUCCCGAAGACACUGAGGAUUGAUGACCCGGGAGAAGCUGCUAAGAGCUCUAUAUGGGCAACUCUCGGGAUUAAAAAUGAUAAGGCUGAGCCUGUCAGCGGGGGAGGCCUCUUCAAAGCGUUCCAGUCGAAGAGUGAAGAGAGAAAUCACAGUUCUGAAGCUUCUCCACUCUUACAAGCGAAUCCUGCAGCAUUGUCUCGGUCGGUAAACUUCCACGAGAGCUCAUAAUCUCCAAAGAUACCCAGGACUCGAGUAAAGAUUGUUAGGAGGCUUGGAUCUCAAUUGCAAGGGGAAAAGUAAUGCAGAUCUAGCAGCUUCUUUCUGAAGAUCAUUGCUGACCAAAGGAACAGCUAGACAGAAUUGAAGACUCUCCCCUGCUCCCGGAACUUCCCUGUCUAGAAAGGACCACCCGCAUAGUUCUACAGAUGUAGCAAACCUGAUCUUCCUUCCCCUCGUGUCUCACUAGUAGUUGCUAGAAGCAGCAGCAGUCGUGCUUUUUGUAAUUUCCUAGUAUAUUGGUUUGGUCAGUUGAAUGUACAUAUUCUGUAUAAGAAAAUAUAGUUGAGAGCUGAAACGAGGGAGUCCCUGUACGAAAAUAAGGUUGAAACGUGAUGUUUAUCAAAUUAAAGUCCUUUUCUUACAGGUUCCGCACA